AAGACAAUAUAUCACAUAUAUACAUCCUCCUUCCUUCUCUUUUCUCCCUUGUGCUAGCUCCGGCCAUGAACACCGCCGAAGAUGCCACCACCACACCUAUCUCCACCAUCCAACGACGGAAUUCCAUCGUAACACCAUCCCCUUUAACACUUGACCCUUGUUCCACCACUUCUAGUACUCCUACAACCACAACCACAUCAUCAUCUUCUUCAACAGAUUUUGAGCUUGUUUCUUUCAAACCGGCUUCUUAUACCUCUCUUCGGGACAUUCUUCCAUCGACGACAAGCGCAAUUAUGUCCCCGACACCCCCAUCAUUUGCGGUUCAUUCUGGUUAUGAAAUUUCUAUCCGAAAUAGGCUUGUGAAACAAGCUGCAUGGGCAUACCUUCAACCCAUGUCCACCUCACCCGACUCGGGCGGGUCUACUAUCUUUCACCGUGUAUGGAUUCGUUUCUCGGGUGUUUUGCUACGGUUUGUAACACAUGUGUGUGAUUGCUUUCUAAGGUCUAUUCAAGUCAAUGUUAGCCCGACGAGGUUAUGACAAUUAAAAGGUUAUGAUUUGUUAAAGGUGAAAUGAGAUAUGCUGCAGAGAGCAACAUGGUUGGUAUGUGCACGGUUUUUAAGAUAUGAAUAUGGGAAUAUGAUUCGUGCACUGAGCAACUAACCAUGUUGCUCUAGCAGCAUAUUAUUUCCCAAUUAAUACAGUAAGUUGUAAAAAUCCCAAGAAUGGGAUUGUUUUAGUUUCUUCUCAAAUUUGUAGAAAAUAGAUACAUCAAAUGAAUAAAUAAAAAGAUUGAAAUGCAGAUAUUUAUGUUGUUUCUUUGAAUAUCUUGUACUAGCUAGCUAAAGAUGGGAUACUUCGAAUGAAGUAAUUAAAGUCCUCUAGACGAUCUAAAUGUUAUCUAACCCGGUUCUUUCAAGAGCCUGGUUAAUUAGAGCCACGAUGGUGAUGUUGGUGGUGGUCGAAGUUUCAGUAUUUCGCAACUCAUGUGUAAGAAUCAUUUGAUCACAUCCUUUAAUUUUGAGUAAAGUCAGAAAUGGAAUUGACGAUGA